AUGGCACUUCGAAUUUUGAGUAGACCUGUCGGUUUGGUGCAUAAGCCAGCUUUGAAGAUUACACCCUCAUUACUGAGAUCAUCCUAUUCAGCUGCUGCUUCGACAAACAACAACGACAAGGCUAGCAAGCCAACAGACACCAGCACUACCGCCGAGUCUGCUACAUCCACAAACACUGCAACACCAGCUACUGAGAAAGAUGAUGUUGUGAAAUCAGAAAAGGUUGAGGAAUUACAGGAAGAUGGCAAAAAGAAGAAAAAGGUCAAGGUGGAGGAACCCGAAGAGGGCUAUGCCUAUGGAGCACAUCAUUGGAACAUGGAGCGCGGAUCAGCCAUCACUUUGAUCCCACUGGUCAGUACACAACUUAUCUAUGGUGCACAUCCAAUAGUAGAUGGAUUAUUAGGUGUUGUUUUGCCCUACCACAUCUAUAUGGGUUUUGAUUCUUGUAUCACAGAUUAUAUCCCCAAGCGUGUCUAUCCACGACUGCACAAAGUAGCAAAUUGGACAUUGACAGGUACAACAGGUCUUGUCAUGUGGGGAUGCUACGAGUUCAAUACAAAUGAUAUCGGAAUCACUGAGUUUAUGCAGAGAUUAUUUGCCGCUUAA